AUCUUUGUCAAAUCUCAACACCCUUCUACUCUCCUUUCUCUCUCCUCUCUCUCUCGGCUCAGCCGCUUCGUUAGUUCCCCCUUCAAAGUUUCGAGCCAAACUUCCAACUACUUCGAAAACCCUCGAUCUCGAUCUGCACCAUGGACCCACCACCCAUCACUACCACUGACACAAAGCUCCGGCUAAUGUGCAGCUAUGGCGGUCACAUAGUCCCACGGCUAAGCACCAACUCACUCUGCUACGCAGGCGGCGACACCAAGAUCAUCUCCGUCAACCCCCUCAUCAUCUCCACGCUCUCCUCCCUCACCACCCUUCUCGCCUCUACACUCUCUGUCCCUUUCCCUUUCACUCUCAAGUACCUCCUCCCUCCCCACCACGACCUCUCCUCCCUCAUCCCCCUCGCCUCCGACCCCGACCUUCUCUUCUUUUUACACCACCUCAUCCGCCUCUCCUCUUCCUCCCCCUCCUCCUCCUCAUCUUCUACUACGUCCUCCCGCAUCAGAUUGUUUCUCUUCCCGCCCCCGGUCAUUCAUCAUCCCAAGACCGAGGUUUGGUUCUCUGAUGCGCUUAAGAGCGCCAAGAUUAUGCAGAAAGUCGUGGUAAUGGGUAGGGAGGGUGAUGGUGAUGGACAGAGUGAGAGUUUCAGUGGUGGGGAGUUGAGUAAUGGUGCUGCUUCGAAUGCGGAGUCGAUGGUCUUGGAGUCUUCUUCGUCUUUCGGGUCCGCUUCGUCUUCGGCUUCUUCGAGCAAUUUGUCUUCGCUUAAGGCUCAGGCUGAGGAUGCUCAUGGCGGGGCUAAUCUGCAAGAUAUUAAGGUUACAUUGCUUUCUUCGGACUCGUUUGCAAGUGAUAAUAGUGUUACAAGUGCCAUUUCUCGCCCACAGGCUGCAACUUGCUUAGAUCCAGUUGUUCAAGUUUCUUUCUUGGAGAAGGGUGUACCUUGUAAGCCCCCUGAACCAGAGGCUAGAGUCCCACCUGAUUCUUUCUCCCGUAUCGAUUCGGUUGCUGGGUGUCCAUUAUCUUUACUAUCAAAUCAACUUCAGCAAAAAGUGCAGUUUGUACAAGUGGGUGCCAACUACAUACACCAAAACCCUACUGGCGCAGUGCCAAUUUCGCCUUGUUACCAGAUUUAUCCAGCCCAGCCGCAGCAGCAGUUCCAUUAUCAGCCCAAUCAGCUUUUCCCUGUUUACUUCGUGCCUGUUGGACAGAUGACGCCCGGUGAUUUGCCUAUGCAAUGUGGUUUGGUUAACACUGCGACUGCUUCCAAUCAGCAUCCUAUUCAUCCAAAUGUUUCAUUAAUCAGUCCCCAAGUUGCUUACAAGGACGCUGCAGUAACUCCUGCCAAGCCUGAUUUAGCCUCACAGGUCUACAGAAAUGGCCAUGCCAAUGUAGCCAUGCCACUUGUGCAGAGUCAUUAUGAUCAGCAACAGCUCAUGGGCAUUCCUGAGAUGCAUCACCAACAUCAGUCUACUCCUAUUCCUUCCAGGGAACCUCCUAAUUUCAGGAAUGAACUGGAUGAUGAUCCUGCACGCAUCCAAAUAUACAAAUCUCAGCCUCCACCACCCUGAGUUCUUAUUACAAACCAUGAUUAAAGCCACAACAGGAUCCGAGGCUUUUGCUUAUUUGCGUAAAGACAACCUCAAGCAAGAGAUCAGACCCACGCAGCCGCUAUGAUUCUAUUCGCUGGGAAGAAAAAUUUUUGGUAGCAAUCCUUUGGUCACUUUAAAUUUUGAAAAGCUUGCCUACUAAAAUUCUCAUUUUGAUAUGGGUUUGUGUUCACUGUCUGGGAUGAGAAUUAAAAUUUUGUUUUUGUUUUUGUUUGUUUACCCUUUUUUCUUUGCUUUCCACACCAAUGUUAUGUUGCUCGUAUUGUAUAUGAUAUAAAAUCUUUCAUAUCAGGUUGUAGAACUACAAAGAAUGGUUUUAUCCUUGAAGGUGAAGUUAUAAUUCUAUUCAUUUAAGGGCUUUCAUUUG